CGUUGGUCAUCGGCGUAUCAUAGCAACAAGUUUAAACAAAAGUGAGGUUGACAAGAUGGCGACGCAGAGAGAAAAAGACGCCGCUGAUUAUCUCAAGAAGCAUAAAAUUAUCGAGCUCAUGGACAACCUGACCAGCAUGCUCUUCUAUCACAGACCUGAGAAUCCCAGAGAGUUUCUCAUCGAGCAGCUGGAACAGCUGAAGAGUUCUCAGCAAACUGGUGUGAUAGGACCAAAUCUGUUCAACAACUCCAACCUUGAAGCAGUCUUCCGGAUACUGGACCCCACUGAUCAAAAAUACAUCACUUUUUCCCAGUACAAGCACGCUCUGACCACACUUGGGAUAAAAGACAUUAAUGAAUGCCCUGAGGGUGUAAAUGAAGACAAAAUAUCCCAUGAGACCUUCAAGGCAGAAAUGAGACAAGGCCUGCAAAGAUGCUCAGCAACAUUUAAACACCCGUGAAAUCUGAAGUCUUUCAACUGAUGUUUUUAUUCCAUCACAUGUUGAUAUGCAUUUAGAUGUUGUCGUUGUGACUGGCCUUUGUGUGGAACAAAUGUAUUUAAUUAUUGUCAUGAAACUGCUGAUGUUAAUGUGAAUUACAAUUCAAUCAUUUUCACUUUCA